UACACCUUUUUUUUUUAAAAAAAAAUAGCAGAAAACUCUUCUCAUGUCAGCCACUCCUCCAAACGAAAAAGAUCAACCACCAUCAGAACAACAAAAAGAAGAACUUCUACAUAAAGAUACUGUUGUGGAAAGCACACCUCCUCCAAGUGAAAAAGGAAAAGUGAGCACUGAAGAAGAUACAACCACCAAAAAAGAACAUCAUGUACGUUGGGCUCCACUCAAAAUCCCUUUAACUCGACGAUUACAGAUGGCCGCCAUUCUCUUUUAUAUUAGUCUUCUUUUGAUUUGUUUAUCAGUCUUUACUUACGCUCUCCUUGUUCCUUUUUUGUGGCCUUUGGUCAUCGCCUAUGUUACUUUUAUCUAUUUGGACAAGGCACCUGAAAAUGGUGGAAGAAGAUUGGAAUGGACAAGACAUUUACGUAUCUGGAAAUACUUUGUUGAUUAUUAUCCCAUUUCAUUAGUCAAGGAAGCUGAUUUGGAUCCUUCAAAGAAUUAUGUGUUUGGAUAUCAUCCACAUGGUAUAAUCUCCAUGGGUGCAUUUGGUAACUUUGCAACGGAAGCAACAGGAUUCAGUGAAUUAUUCCCAGGCAUCAAGCCUUCUUUAUUGACUUUGGUUUCCAAUUUCAAGUUACCCUUUUAUCGUGAUAUCAUCAUGUCUCUUGGUAUAGCUGCUGUGUCUCGUAACUCUUGUGAAAAUAUACUGGCAUCUGGUCCAGGUCGAUCUAUUGUCAUUGUUGUAGGUGGUGCUGCUGAAUCUUUAAGUGCACGUCCUGGCAUUGCCGAUUUGACAUUGAAAAAGCGAUUGGGUUUUAUUCGUUUGGCCAUUCUUCAUCAAGCUUCUUUGGUACCUACCUUCUCCUUUGGUGAAAAUGAUAUUUAUGAACAAAUGGAUAAUUGUAAAGGAUCAACUGUAUGGAAGAUUCAAAAACGAAUGCAACAUGUAUUAGGUUUCACUAUGCCUCUCUUCCAUGCCCGCGGUAUCUUCAACUAUGACGUUGGCAUUAUUCCCUUUAGACAUCCUAUUGUUACUGUUGUUGGCAAACCUAUUCCUGUACCCACACUUGAACCUGGUGUUGAACCUACUCAAGAACAAUUAUUGACUGUUCAAACUGCUUACAUUGAUGAAUUACAAGCUAUUUAUGAUAAAUACAAGGAUGUUUACGCGAAGGACCGGAUACAAGAUUUACGCAUCAUAGAAUAGUCAUCAUGAUAUUAUUCUUAGUUUAAAAAAAAAAAAUAGAAUUUAUUUUUAUUCCAUCAAUUGAAAUGUAUGCACAUGCAAAUAAAAUAAAAAUAAUAAUAAAAAAAAACUUCUCAUGUCCUAUAUCUUAUCAA